UUCUUGUUACGGUCGCGACACCGGUGAGGGCGUUAGCGUGCGGUGAAGGUAGUCGCUUUUAGAUCUCUCUCCAUAACCUUAAUUUUCGGAAGUAAUUGUCUUCUUAUCGAAAAACACAGAAAAUUGAUGCGAGAAGCAAGAUGAAUUUUGUUGGGAGACAAUGUUUGAGGAUUUUACAGAGCGACGUUAAACCACAAACGCGUUUGUCGCGUAGAUUUCUCAGUUUUAAAAGUGCCAUAUCGCUGGAGAAUUUGUAUCCGGGAAGCAAGCAGAAUCUGUACACUCCAACCUUUGUUAGUGCGCAAUAUUCGUUAAGAACUACCAGCACAGUACCUGAUCCCAAAGCAAAAUUUACUGGUUACAUACCUAUGGACAAAGUGCGAGUCACAUAUAGUGCCAGCAGUGGUCCAGGUGGACAAAAUGUGAACUGUGUUAACACCAAAGUGGAUCUGAGGUUUGAGGUGAGCACCGCUACUUGGCUCACAGAAGAAAUAAGAACCAAGUUACUAGAACAAUGUAAAAAUAAGAUAAAUAAGGACGGUUAUCUGGUAAUCAAGUCAGACCUAACGCGAUCACAGCAUUUGAAUUUAGCAGAUGCUCUUGAGAAAUUGAGAACACUGAUACGAGCAACUCUGGUAACUCCACCUGAACCAUCACCCGAAUCUGAAGAGAGAAAGCGAAAGAAUCUGCUGAGAGCUGCUAGAGAAAGAUUGCACGAGAAGAGAAGUCGUUCGCAACUCAAACAAAGCAGACAAGAUCCCACAGCUGAUUUUUAAAUCAAUUAAUCUAGAUAUAUGUAAACAAUUAACUUAUCUAAGAACACUGUAUAGUAUGCUUGAACUAUAAUAACACAAUA